AUGGGCACGGAAUUCGCGGCACAUGCGCUGGACCUCAAGGCUCCCGGCGCCAGCAAGGCCGUGAAGGCUCCGCCAGGCUUCCCCCGAGAUGGCGCUGCGCUAGAGGGUUCCGCGGGUCCCACGCCGGAGGAGAGCAGGAAGGUCGACGAGCGGGCGGCGCAGGCGAAGCAACGGGACGCGUGGGCCGCGGCGAAGGGUCAGUUCAUGGGCGUGCUUCAGACGGGCCUCAUGCUGUGGUUCUCGGGCAGCCACCUCGGCCUGUGGACCAUCAUGUCCACCUUCACGGCGCUCUCCAGCUCGCUCACGAGCAUCGCGGGGGUCGUCAACGAGUUCAAGAAGUUCGAGGACUCCAAGGGGCGCGUGGACCUGCGCGGACCCAUGGCGCUGUACGUCGCGCUCCAGCUCGGCAAGCUCGCCCUCGCCGCCAACAAGCUCGACACCAUUGGCCUGCUGCCCAAGCAAGUCUCCGACUUCGUGUCUCGCACCGCCGUGCCGCCCGUCGUGGAAAUAUCCGCGUGA